AUGAACCCAGUGACAAAACUCGGCACACUGCUCAUCCUGACUUUAUCUUUUCUCUGCUCCGUGGAGGGUCUGCUCUGUCGUGAAUGUGACCGAUCACACGAUUUAAGGUGUCAAACAAAGCAAACAAUAUGUGAAGCAAAACCUGGUCACUCAUGUUCUACAAUAUCAUACUUUCGGGAAUCUGUGAAUGCUGCUGUAGGUAGCAAGAGAGACAUUGGAAAUGUGAUUAAGGACCUCAGAUGGAAGGAAACCUCAUGUGGCAGUAGUGUUGACGACAGAUUGAUCCAUUCAAGAUAUAAGGAAAAGCAGGGAGCCAUCAUCUAA